AGAUCAGGUAUACUGAAACCAAUUGUUCUGUUCUUUAGCUUCAGUUUCUUUUUUAUUAUCAUAUUGCAGAAAAUUCAUUAGUAGAAACCAAGAUUGCAGAAAUUCUAGUUUUAGAAAACUAGGAAACCUUUAUUCUAAAACCUAAAUGGAGAAAAGGGACGAAAAAACAUCAGAAGAAAAUAAUAUUAAUUCUAAUGGAAUAGAGAAAGAGUCCAAAAUCUCCAAUGAAUCAGAUCAGAACCCUAAAAGACCUGAUGAUGGCGAGGGGGACAAAGGAAAAAAUCAAAACCCCAAUGAAACCGAACAAAAGCCUAAUGACUCCGAUGAAGAUGAAGAUGGGGAAGAAGAGGAAUGUGGGUUUUGCUUGUUCAUGAAGUCUGGGGGUUGCAGGGAUGCUUUUAUUGCUUGGGAGAAAUGUGUUGAAGAAGGGGAGGCAAAUAAUCAAGAUAUUGUAGAAAAAUGCUACAAGGUUACUUCUUUGCUUAAGGACUGUAUGGACAGUCACGCAGAUUAUUAUGCUCCAGUUCUCAGGGCUGAGAAGGAAAUGGAAGAACAAGUGGCAGAAGAAAUGAAGGAACACGAUAAAGAGGCAACUAAAGGGGAAAGUGCGUCACAGGGAAUUGCGACAAUUGAGGUGCCAAAUGAAAUAACCGAGGUACCCAAUCCAACAAUUAAGGUGAUCAUCCCACAGGAGAAUUAAGAUUGAUUAAGAACACAGGGUCGCUCACUUAGCACACCAUGUGAGUGUCUACAGACAGAUUGCUUUAUUUACACGCUAAUGUCGAAGGGUUCUCAGGAAUAAGACGACAUGGUGCUAUUUACGAGGUGACUCUGUGUUUAAGAAGACAAACGAAGACUAGAUUUUAUUCAGACAUUCUAGAGCAAUAACGGGGAUAAACAAAAUAGGGAGGUUUCAGAGCCCCGAAAAAACAAUUUUCUUCUUUUUUUCUUUUCAUUAACCUAUUAGCAGAAAGCUAUUGCACAAUUCUGAUGAGUUGACAAGAUUUCGAAUAUCAAGACUCUGUGUUAUUGUCCCCUUGAUCUCAAUUGUUUAUGCUCUACUUUUACAGAGUAUGUAAUUUUGCAACAUGCGGCUGGCCAUUGCCUGCUUUGCCAUUGACCUACAUGGUGACAUGGACAUCUUGAAUGUUCGGUUACUUUUUGAUUUUAGCAAUUUUGAAAGAUUAUCAUUGGAGCUUGUCCAGCAGAAGGUAGGGUUGGAGAAGUGGAUUUUAGUGAUCUAUGAAUGUUAUUUUGGAUUGAAAUUCAAUGAAUAAGUGUUCUCAUUGUUUAGAUUCUCACA